AUGUGUGGUUAGCACUUGGUUUUUGCAUGCCAGUUAAAAUGGACUUCAGGAUUAAGAAUGAGGACUUAAGAGGGAAGAUAGAAGGUGAUAGGAAGAAGUUUAGGAUUAAGAUGGUUGUACCCCAGGCCUGGAUAAUGGCUGUGGAGGAGGAAAGAAGUAGAAAAAAAAAGAGACCUUAGAGUUUAGAACUAAGAGAAUAUUAUGAUGCUUCCAUUCAUGCAUGCAUUUGUCGGGUAGCACAGAGCAUUUACUAUGCUCCUAGCUCCUGUCCAUGCAGACCUGCAGGCAUCACCCUCUCCCAGGUCCAUGUUUUCACCCCACUUUGCCACUCACAGGUCCGCUCCUCCACAUCCGAAAGAAAGUCAGGCCUGGGUAUAUGUAGGACUCCUCUGUCCACCACGAUGGCCGUUAGCCACGUGUCGCCAUUUCAAUUAAACCAAUGAAAAAUACAACUAAAUACUCAUUUUCUCAGUCCCAAUGACCAUAUUUCAAGUGAUCAGUAGCCACCUGUGGCUAGUGGCUGCCACACUGGGCAGAGCAGAAUUAAAGAACAUUUCUGUCACUGACAGUUCUGUUAGGCAACACUGGUGUGAAGAGGCCCUUUCUCUGUGACCUUCCCAGCACCAACAUAUCCAAGAGGAGGUAGGAGUCUCUGAAUCUGUAACCUGAGCAGAGCUCCCUUCUGCCCUCACGUGAACUCCAACUGCCAAAAGACCUUGACGGGGGACUUGGGGUCUGAAAGUGUACCAGGAAACUUGUCAGCUUCCUCUCCUCUUGGGGCUCUGUGAGCUGGGUGGAUCCUACCUCUUCUCUUUGUCCUCAGCUCCGUGACUGUGACUCUUCCUAACUACAAAUUGGGUCCCUGGUGGGGAGAACGGAGCCAUCCUCCACCUGCAGCAGAGUGCAUUGUGGGAGUAAGAAGAGAAGCUUCCUGGUUUUCCCAGUGCCCUGUUGUUUAGGAAAAUUUACUGGCUCAUAGGAUCGUGUCAUGGUUCUAUUCCCCACCUCUGUUCAGUCUCCCCUGUACCCAACACCACCUCAAAAAGGAUGCACAGAGGAGGAAGGGGUUGUUAAUGGCUUCCUGACAAGCUGGUUACCGGACAUGGUGACCUUCAAGGAUGUGGCCAUAGAGUUUACCCAAGAAGAGUGGGCAUUGCUGGACCCUUCUCAAAAAACACUGUACAAAGAUGUGAUGCUGGAGAACUGCAGGAACCUGGCAUCGCUUGGGUAUCAUGUUGAUAAACUCAGCCUGAUCUCUCAGUUGGAGCAAGAAGACAAGGUGAUGACAGAGGAAAGAGGAAUUCUCCCAGGCAUUUGUUCAGAUGUGGAGACUAUACUUAAAGCCAAAUGGUUAACACCUAAGAAGCAUGUUUUUAGGAAAAAACGUUCUAAUGGUGUAAAAGCGGAAAGAAAUCAUGUUGGAAUGAAACUUAAUGAAUGUAAUCAGUGUUUUAAAGUCUUCAGCACAAAAUCUAACCUUACUCAGCACAAGAGAAUUCAUACUGGAGAAAAACCCUAUGACUGUAAUCAGUGUGGAAAAUCUUUCAGCAGUAGAUCUUACCUUACUAUUCAUAAGAGAAUACAUAAUGGGGAGAAACCUUAUGAAUGCAAUGACUGUGGGAAAGCCUUCAACGAUCCCUCAUCCCUUAGACUGCAUGUAAGAAUUCACACUGGAGAAAAACCUUAUGAAUGUAACCAGUGUUUUCAUGUUUUCCGUACUAGUUGUAACCUCAAAAGCCACAAGAGAAUUCAUACGAGAGAGAAUCAUCAUGAAUGUAAUCUGUGUGGAAAGGCCUUCAGCACGAGGUCCUCUCUUACUGGGCACAAUAGUAUCCAUACAGGGGAGAAGCCUUAUGAGUGCCAUGAUUGUGGGAAAACCUUCAGAAAGAGCUCCUAUCUGACACAGCAUAUGAGAACUCAUACUGGAGAAAAACCCUAUAUGUGUAAUCAGUGUGGCAAAUCCUUCAGCAGUAGCUUUUCUCUUACUGUGCACAAAAGAAUUCAUACUGGAGAGAAACCCUAUGAAUGCAGUAACUGUGGAAAAGCUUUUAAUAAUCUCUCAGCUGUUAAGAAACAUGUGAGAACUCACACUGGGGAAAAACCCUAUGAAUGUAACCAUUGUGGAAAGUCUUUCACCACUAAUUCUUACCUUUCUGUGCAUAAGAAAAUACAUAAUAGGUGGAUUUGAAUACAAUAACUGGGAAAGCAUUCACUGAUUUUUUAAUCCCUCAGACAACUUGUGGUAAUUCCUGCCAGGUGUUAGUUACCUGUUGCUGCCUAGCCAAUUUCCCUCCAGAACAGUGGCUUCAAGCAACAAACACUUAUUAUCUCACAAUUUCUGAAAGUCAGAAGUUCAUAGACGGCUUAAUUUUGUAGUUCUGGCUCAGUGUCUCUCAUGAGGGUGUAGUCAAGAUUGUCAUCAGAAGCUACAAUCAUCUGUAUUUUUACUGAAGAGUCUUUUCUAAAAUGGCUGACUCACAUGCCUGGAAAGUUAGUGUUGGAUGUUGCCAGGGAACCUUCAUUUCCUCACCAUGUGGGAUUUUCUGUGGGCCUGAGCAUUUUUGUGUAGCAUCAGGUUCCCUCCAAAGCAUUUAAUCUGAGGGAGAGCUAAUGCCGAAGCCAUGUUGUCUUUUAUAAUCUAGCCUUGGAAGGGCAUGUUAUCACUUCCAUAUUGUAUUGGACACACAGACCAAUCCUGAUACAAUGUGGAAGAAGACUACACAAGGAGUGUAUACCAGGAGAGAGAUCCUUGGGAAACAUCUGCGAAGGUUGUCAUGAAAUCAGUGAAGAAAGGCCUUCAGCUUUCCAUCGAUUUGAUAUGAAGUAUCAUUGAGCAACUCUCAGGUUAAUUCACUCUGGAGAAAAA